GCUGACUGGGUGGGACUCACUCGCUACCCGGAUGUGGCACCGAGCUCGCUGAGCCUGCGGGGUCCAACUCUAGCCGCCCGGGAGGCUCCGCGAGCCGUGUGGAACGGCGCUGGAGAAAGUGCAGACUUUUCCCGGGACUACGAGGGAAGAAUGCAGACAAUCAAAUGUGUGGUUGUAGGAGAUGGGGCUGUAGGUAAGACCUGCCUUCUCAUCAGUUACACAACCAAUGCCUUUCCUGAGGAGUAUAUCCCCACUGUCUUUGACAACUAUAGUGCCCAGACCUGUGUGGAUGGCCAAAUCGUCAGCCUGAAUCUGUGGGACACCGCUGGCCAAGAGGAAUACGACCGACUGCGAACGCUCUCCUACCCCCAGACUAAUAUCUUUGUGAUUUGUUUUUCCAUUGGCAAUCCAUCAUCUUAUGCCAAUGUGAGGCAUAAGUGGCACCCAGAGGUCUCCCAUCAUUGCCCUAAUGUACCUGUUCUGCUGGUAGGCACCAAAAGAGACCUGCGCAGUGACCUGGAGACAGUGACAAAACUGAAGGCACAGAGCCUGCUGCCCACAACACCUCAACAAGGCACUUCCCUGGCUAAGCAGGUGGGGGCUGUGAAGUAUCUGGAAUGUUCAGCCCUGAUGCAGGAUGGGGUACAUGAAGUAUUUUCAGAAGCUGUCCGGGCUGUGCUUUACCCUGCCACAAAGAAGAACACCAAGAAGUGUGUCCUUUUAUAGCUUUGGGGUGCUACUAGGAACUGCACCUAAGGAAUAAGAUUCCUGUGACAGCAAUUAAAAGUGCCAGCAUGAGCCAUUUGUCUCUUCCUCUAGAAACCCUAGACCCCAGGGUUAUUCCGCUUUUGGAAUAACACAGACAGACUAGUUUGUACACUGCCACUUUGGAGUUUUGGCAUGAACUUUUUGGAGGAAGUAUGUGUGUGCGCACGCGCGUGUCUGUCUCCAGUGUCAAACUGGUAAGAGGAGACACCACUUUCAUGCCUAAACAGAACAGCCUAUUACUGUUCUUUGUAGGCUUUUACUUGUCUGCUUUGAAAUGUAAUUUCAGCUUUCCUUGCUGUAUUUACCAUUGAACAAAGGCCUCACAGAAGGACAAGUUUAUCCAGUUUUCAAAUCAUUACUUUCUGAUACAGUUUUUGAAAAGUAGUUUAUGUGUGACUUUUGCAUGUUCCCAAUGUUGACAUGUGCCUCCCAUUCUUGAGAUAUUUUCACAAAUGAACAGCAUUUUCUCAACUUCCAUGAGAUGUUAACCAUUGUUCUCUAAAAAGGGUUCUGUGGUCUAAUUAAGUUCAGGAACCAGCAAUUUAAAUAAAAUUGAACAGGUUCCUUUAUGUAGCAGGACUUUAGAACUUCCUAUGUACACAAACUAAUCUCACUACUAAACUUUUUUUGGUCCCAUGAAACACCUGUUAAUGCUUCUGGUAACGCAGUUUCAGAUAAGCUGAGUUAAUGGGAACUAGGAAUUCUCAAAAAGGAGCUUGGAAAAAGAACAAAAAACAUAAUGCAGUCCUGUUCUUUUUGAUAUUUCCCUCUUCGUACUUUUUAGACAGAUGUUUAUCAGCUAUGGAUUGUUACUGGUUCUUUUGCUUCAAGAGAUGAGUUUAGCAUCUGACCAUGAGAACUGCUAGCAGAUUUUGGUAGCACUAUGGGUGAUGGGGAAUUACCACUCUCCCCAAACGGCUGCGUGAGUCUCCUCUGAGGCCCCCUUACCUUUCUAUCACUUUCUGCUUUAGUGAUAGACCACUGGAGGGUCCCUAAAUAAAACAAAAACACAGUGUCCUUCCAGUCCUUGUCAGAGUGCUGGACUUCCCUCUGAGACUUCUUCAUUUCUGCCCCUGGCUGUUCUGGGUCUCUAAAGGCUGCCUUGCUUGCUCCCUGUCCUUCCCCUCUCAGUACAUCUGUUUAUUUGGAACCGUUUGCCUUUUGCAGUCUUCUAGUUGUUCCAAGAGAGUUAGAAUACAUUGGAGCCAGAUCUGCAGACCCUGAGGCUGUCCCUCUUGUGGUUAUAUAGAACUUUCAGGUUUUGCUGGUGUGAUCCAACUUGUCCUGAGUCAGAUUCAAGUCUCCCAAUGGGCCUGCUUCUUAUCCUGCCCAGUUGUAUUUUU